CCCUGGCAUCGGGAUCAAAGUCAUGUUUCAUCAGUUGUUCACACCCCCGACGAAGAUGGCCAUCAUGGGAGAUGGCUGUUCCAUUGUGUCAGAGGUCACAGCACGUGCUUCGCAUCUGUGGAAUCUCGUGCAGGUGUCCUAUCUGUCCGUGUCACCAGCCCUGUCGGACAAGGCCAAGUUCCCACUGUUCGCCCGCGUGACAGCGCCGGACACACAAACCAACCCUGUCCGCCUGCUGCUGCUGCAGACCUUCGGGUGGCGGCGGGUGGCCACCAUCCACCAGUCCUACGAUCUUUUCGCCGCCACCACGGAGAACCUGGUUCGCCUACUGCAAGAAGCCAACAUCACCAUCAUCAGGUCCGAAAUUUUUAUGGAUGACCCCACACCGCACGUGAAAAGUCUGAAGGACAAUGACUGUCGGAUUAUCGUGGGAGCAUUUUACCAGGACAAAGCCCGCAAAGUGUUCUGCGAGGCGUACAAGGUGGGGCUGUACGGGUCCCGGGUGGUGUGGCUGCUGCCCGGAUGGUAUGACGCCGGGUGGUGGUUGAUGGCGGAUCCAGCAGUCGACUGCAGCCCCGGGCAACUGAUAGAGGCCGUGGAGGGUCACUUUGAUACCGGCAUCCUGUCCAUCAACCCCCGCUCUGAACGCGCCAUCUCAGGCUGGCUGCCCUCGGAGUUCACGGCCGCUUAUAAGGCUGCUGCGGGUGGUCGCCAUUUGCCCGGUGACACGAUCGUCUCACAAGGCUACGACGCCGUCUGGGCCCUGGCUCUGGCACUCAACCGGACACAGGAACAGUUGACAGGUAGCAGCAAGGGUCUGGAAGAUUUCACCUACGAGAACAGCGAGAUGGCCCGGAUGUUGUACAACAACCUGCUGCAAGUCUCCUUCACUGGCGUUAGGGGACCCAUCACCUUCGACGCCAACGGUGACCCAGUGGGUCUGGUCAGUGUGGGCCGUGUACAAGGAGGGGAGAAGCAGACGGUGUGUGUGUACAACCCCACGAGGCCCACAGAUCAGCGGCUGGAAUGGUCCACAGACACGCCAUUGCUGUGGGAAGGUGGGUUACCUCCCCGUGACUCUACAAUGACACGAACGGAGUACGUCACUCUGUCCUUGCCUCUGUACGUCACGACGUGUGUCCUGGCCGCCCUCGGUGUCCUUCUCACCGGCGCUUUCCUCGCCUUUAACAUCGUUCUCAGGAAUGCCAGACUCGUUAAGAUGUCGUCUCCUCGCCUCAACAACGUGAUUCUGCUGGGGUGCGUGUGCACCUACUCCUCCGUCUUCGUGCAAGAUGCAGGAGGGGAACAUGGAGUCCUGGCGUGUGAGAUCAAGACGGCGCUGCUGGCGGUGGGCGUGUCCCUGGCUUUCGCCUCACUCUUCGCCAAGACUUGGCGAGUGUACGUCAUCUUCACCAGCACCAAGGUGCAAAGGCGGGUGAUGCAUGACGGUCAUCUGCUGGCCAUCGUCGCCGCUCUCGUCUUCAUCAACCUCCUCGUGCUGCUCUCCUGGUGGAUCCUUGACCCCCGCACACUGCAGGUCACCAGGACAACCACAGUUGAGGAAAGUGAAGCGGGCGGCGUGGUGUUGGUGAUGGUGCAGCGCUGUGAGCUGACCUGCAGGUCGGACCGCGAACUCUACUUCCUUGGUACAUUGUACGGCCUGCAUGCACUCGUGCUGUUGCUGGGCACGUUCCUGGCUUGGGAGACUCGUAAGGCUGCAUAUGAUGACGUCAGAGCCGUGCGUGUUGACCAGGUGCACUACCCCGAGCUGAAUGACUCCAAGUUCAUCGGACUGUGCAUCUACAACGUGGCGCUCCUCUCCAUCCUGGCAGUGGUCGUGACCUUGACCGUGGACUCGUCCUUGAACCUGCGCCACCUCCUGAACUCUACGCUCGUGCUGCUGGGCACCACAGUCACCCAGUGCCUCAUCUUUGUGCCGAAAGUAAUGACUUACCGUCACAACCGAGUGGACGAUGACAACAAGACUACAGUGCACACUAUAGCAGCUAGAGAGGUCACGGCCAAAAGUUUCGACUGCGGCAACAUGAGCGGACAAGCUGCCCACCACACUCGCUCACCUCGUGACCUGCAGCUUUUGGCUCCUCCUUCUCAGACAGACUCGUCCAUCGGGUCCUAGUCCCGCCAAGCGCUUGACUCAAACCCAAACGGACAAGGACUUCAAGUCCAGGGCCAACAGUGUGUCACGUCUCGCGUGUACGUCACGGAGCCAGACGUGUCCUGGUGGUACGAUGACGCGUUGCCGGUGUAGAAACGUCACAAGUAUUUGAAGUGCACGUGAUUUUCAUGGCACUUCCUGCGGCCCAUCGCUCUAUGGGAGAGACUGACAUGUGGAAGCCUCCCUUCCUUAUCCGUCCGCCCAGUUUUCUCUCCCGUAAUUGUUAUUACCUGCAGGGAUGGGGAGUAGCUGUAGCCUAGCUACAGCUACUGUAGCCGGCUACAAAUUUUGUAGCUUGUAGCUUAGCCGGCUACAAAU